GCUGGGAUGAGCAAUGCAGCUAAUAGUUCACUGUGUGAGUCAAAGCACAAUUGUUUAUCCAUCCCUGCCCAUAAAGUGAAGUGCUGGUUGUUGGGAUUCAUCUAUUGGGAUCGUCAUUCGUCACAUAAAUUUGACAUUUGUGUUUAAAAAAUUCCUACAAGGAAAACCGGGUUGAUACUUGAUCUGUCAUCUGUCAUCCAACCCGAAUCGGGUUUUUCCUUAAUACCCGGCCGGUGUAAGCUCUACUUCUCUGAGGGGGUAGUAAAACACGUAGGUUAUUACACCGUGCAAAAAUAAGGACCCGACGUCUGAAGGACAAUUCUUGCGAUAUGGCAGGAAGACUUCCGGCGUGUGUUAUCGACGUGGGGACGGGGUAUACGAAACUUGGAUUUGCUGGGAAUAAGGAACCACAGUUCAUUUUCCCAUCCGCCAUUGGGAUUAAGGAAACGGCCAAAGUGGGGGAUCAAAAUAGUAGGAGGCUAACCAAGGGAGUCGAGGACUUGGACUUUUAUAUUGGAGAUGAAGCUUUCGAAAAUCCUGGUUAUGCUGUUAAGUAUCCUGUUCGACAUGGUCUGGUAGAAGACUGGGAUUUGAUGGAGAAAUUCUUGGAGCAAUGUAUAUUCAAAUAUCUACGGGCUGAACCUGAAGAUCAUUAUUUCCUUCUCACCGAACCUCCACUAAACACACCAGAAAAUCGGGAAUAUACUGCGGAAAUUUUAUUUGAGUCGUUCAACGUGCCAGGCCUUUACAUUGCUGUGCAAGCCGUUCUUGCACUUGCUGCUUCUUGGACUUCACGUCCAAUGGAAAGCAGGACCCUGACUGGUGUUGUUAUCGAUAGUGGUGAUGGUGUGACCCACGUUAUUCCCGUGGCUGAAGGCUACGUUAUUGGAAGCUGUAUCAAGCACAUUCCCAUUGCUGGAAGGAAUAUUACUUACUUUAUUCAAUCUUUGCUUCGUGAACGAGAACUUGGAGUUCCCCCUGAACAGUCAUUGGAAACAGCAAAGGCGAUAAAAGAGAGACACUGCUACAUUUGUCCUGACAUUGCAAAGGAAUUUGCAAAGUAUGAUAGUGAUCCAGCAAAGUGGAUGAAAAAAUAUGAGGGCAUUAAUUCCGUUACGAAACAGCCUUUCUCUGUCGACGUUGGAUAUGAACGAUUUAUGGGACCUGAAAUUUUCUUCCACCCGGAGUUUGCCAAUCCCGAUUUUGUAACCCCGAUCUCGGAGAUUGUUGAUAACGUUAUACAAAACUGCCCAAUAGAUGUCCGUAGACCUUUAUACCAAAGUAUUGUUUUAUCUGGAGGCUCUACAAUGUUUAGGGACUUUGGACGACGUCUCCAACGAGAUAUUAAACGGCAGGUAGAUGGACGGCUCAAGUUAAGUGAAAGCCUUAGUGGAGGAAGAAUAAAGCCUAAAGCAAUGGAUGUUCAAGUCAUUUCACAUCAUAUGCAACGAUACGCAGUGUGGUUCGGAGGCAGUAUGCUUGCAUCCACGCCCGAAUUUUAUCAAGUCUGUCACACAAAGGCAGCAUAUGAAGAGUAUGGUCCCAGUAUUUGUCGACACAAUCCGGUGUUUGGAAACAUGACAUAAUCUAUUGUGGGAAAAGCUGUAUUCCCAAAUCUUGCUCAAAUUUCUGUAGUUAUGAGCUGGGGUUAAAUUUCUUCUAAACGACGAUGCUGUGCCGUAUACCAAUGAUUUUGAUUAAUGCACCUUUUUAUAACUUUAGAUAGAUGUAAUGUGCUUUAAUCAAUUUUGAUCAAAAAUAGUGAUAAUAACUUACUCUUGACAUUCAAUUUUGUUAAUUUAAUAUUCGCUUGUCUUCUUUUCUGCAUUUUAAGACUAUCCACUUUGUAAUGUUUUAAACGCAUUAAAACUUGUAUUAUUUAUGGGUUAGAAAUUAGAUUAGAUUAUAUAAGUAUUAAUUAAAGUGCAUAAAUUAUGUAUAAAGUAUGCCUUUUCCAAGUGUAGGAAUAGAAUAAUAAAAUUUCUCAAAAUAUUGGCUAAUAAACAAUUCAAGCCA